UACUCCACCAGCACAUUUGUUAAGAUUGGUCAUCCGCAAGAAAGGUAGACUUGUUUGCAGAUUGAGUCACGACAACAAUAAGGAAGACGACUCUGUUCAAGAUAAUAAUAAUAAUAGUCAUCAGGUGAAUUCUUCAUUGCAAUAAUUAAAUGGAAAAAAGUUUAAGUGAAUAAAAAGUCAUUUUGUAGUCUUUUAGGAUAAUGAUCAACCAUUGGAGAAUACAAGUCUUGAAAACAAUGAUGGGCCUCAAUUGAAUGGGCUAACCGGAUUUGAGGUAAUUGAUCGUAUUUACUUUUUAGUAAAAGUACAUACAAUGAGUUAAUGACUACAGCUAUAAUACCCGAUGUUCUAGUGCCCUAUCCAUAUAUCGUUACGUUGCAAAUGCAUUUUCAACAUAUUUAUUGCUUUCGCAUUCAGAAUUUGCUUUGUAAUAGUGGUAAAGCAAUUCUAUUUCAAUUUUUCCAUGUCAUUUUCUUAAGCCUUGGUUGAAGCAGGAUGAUACUGACGAUCAACUUGCUAGUGAAUCACCUCUUCCCGGUGUCAAGCCUCAACAACUCGAUGAAUCAAUCAGGAUCCCCAAGGAAACAGUUGAAAUUCUCAGAAAUCAAGUAUUUGGUUUUGACACGUUUUUUGUUACAAGCCAGGAGCCGUAUGAGGGUGGAGUACUAUUUAAAGGGAAUCUACGAGGACAGGCUGCAAAAACAUAUGAAAAAGUAUCAAAGAGAAUGCAGGUGGCUCAAGUUUCCUCUCUUUUUCUCCAAUUUAGAGGAUGAUAAGCCUGUGGCCGUUGUGGUCCCAAGAAUGACCCUGCAACCUGAAACUACAGCUGUUCCAGAAUGGUUUGCAGCAGGGGCCUUUGGACUCGUUACAGUAUUCACUUUAUUUCUUCGCAAUGUGCCAGCAUUACAAUCGAACUUUUUAUCAGUUUUCGACAAUCUUGAUUUGUUGAAAGAUGGAUUACCUGGAGCUUUAAUGACUGCCUUUCUUCUGGGGGUUCAUGAAGUUAGCCAUCGUUUAGUUGCCACAGAAGUUGGGAUUAAGCUCAGCAUCCCAUAUUUUGUUCCUAGCUGGCAGAUAGGAUGUUUUGGUGCUAUAACAAGGAUUCUAAAUGUUGUACCAAAUCGUGAAGAUCUGUUGAAAGUUGCAGCAGCUGGACCAUUAGCUGGGUUCUGUGUGGGGUUUAUUCUUUUGCUUUCAGGAUUCAUGUUACCUCCUAGUGAUGGGAUUGGCAUCAUCGUAGAUCCGUCUGUGUUCCAUGAAUCAUUUCUAGCUGGUGGUAUAGCCAAGCUUUAUUUAGGAGAUGUUCUCCAGGAAGGAAGUCCUAUAUCAGUACAUCCGCUUGUGAUAUGGGCGUGGGCUGGACUUGUGAUAAAUGCUAUCAAUAGCAUUCCUGCAGGAGAGCUUGAUGGUGGUCGGAUUGCAUUUGCGAUGUGGGGAAGGAAGGCUUCAGCUCGCCUUAGUGCUCUAUCUAUUGGUCUUCUGGGAAUAUGUUCAUUAUUUAACGAUGUAGCAUUUUACUGGGUAGUCCUAAUAUUCUUCCUCCAAAGAGGGCCUAUUGCUCCACUAUCAGAAGAAGUCACUCAUCCUCAAAAUAAAUACAUGGCUCUUGGAGUUGUAGUAUUGUUCUUAGGCCUCCUCGUUUGCCUCCCGUAUCCUUUUCCCUUCUCUAAUCAACCUGCUCUCUAGACACAUGUUUGUUUUUUGGGUUGGGGGGGGGGGGGGGGGGGGGCUCUUUGGGUUCAUUCAGUUAAACUGUUGAUAAAUUUUUAUAAUAAUACAUGUUUCACAUUAUAUA